AUGGAUCCCACCAACAAUGUCAUGGGGGCAGAGAGGAGUGCGCCAAAGAAACGAAGACACAGAGCACCCAGGAAGAAGCGGAAUAGGAGACCGUCCUUUGCUCCAGCUGGUGAAAAUUCACACUACCCGUCGCCGCUCAGUCGAGUCGACACCCAACCAAAUGAAGAGAAUGAAGAUACAAAGGAUCCUUCCCUGACAGAGACUCGUCCACGCCCUUUCUACAACCUUGGAAGGUCCAGCGGAGGAAAUCUCAGCGAGACAAGCCUUGAGAGUGAAGCCUUGCUAGAUCAUAGAAACCAGCCAAUGAUGCGCCCGCGUCGAGAUAGUAGACUAGCCCAAAGCUUUCGUCCAGACCAAAUGCUUGUUGAAUCCCCUUCCAGCUCCCGGACCAAAGUACGGAGGCAUGAAGCCUUGCCAGAGGACGACUUCGCCAUCACAGAUGACCGUGCACCGUUGUUAAAUUCGUCGAUGCAGAAUGGUGGUGUUGCCCGGGGUUAUGGUUCCGAGUUAAGAUCACCAUUUUCUAUGCCACCGAAUAUGGGUGGUAUGGGCAGCCCAACAUCAAAGCGAUCGCCACAGAACAGCUAUACGCCCGAUCCCUUCUUAGCUUCAAGGCAGGGAUAUGAUGUCAAUAACCCGCCUUCUGUGCCCGGAAGCCCCAAAAUCAUACCUGAUAUGGGCUAUGAUGAGACAGUAAUCACAGGACCGGAAUUUGUUCGGCAACAGUCCCCCGAAGCGCUGAGCUGCCAUAGUCUGCCCAUGGAUGCAAUCGUUGACGUGGAUACAGAGUCUAGAAGACCAGGAGUGCAAUCUAGACAUGGAUCAAUGUCACAUUCCCCACCUGACCUACAACGCCGCCGAACAGUUACUCUUCCAGUGGAAGAAGAUGUAUGCUUUCCUACCAGUGGCCUUUCAGAUCUUGGCGAAGAGGACCUCCAGUCGCAAAUACCAACAGGCGGAGAUAACCGUGAGCGUAGACGCCGGUCGCGGAGGGUAUGGCCUGAUCUUUCAGUGUUGGAUGAAUGGAGCCAGCACGAGAAGGAGGCUCGCAGUGGCGGAACUCGUUCCAAGAGAAUCGACGAACCAGUACUCAUCGGUGGGAGGCUAAGGACUCGAAACCUGGUGUGGAAACAUGACGAAGAAGAAGAAGCACCAUACCGCUUCACAUAUUUCAAUGAAGAUUUCCAAAGCACCCUACACAGCCAGACGAUAUCAGAACUUGAACAACCCGGCCAGACUUUCCGAGACCUUUUCAUCCCAGAACCACCACUACUUGAGGACGACUCUUCUGACGAAGAAGACGAUUCAUCCCCUUACAGUGGUGCGACAUGCCGUGAUAAACAUCCAUCUAUAUCCACAAAUACCAAUCCCACUUUAAACAAUCUUCCAGAUCUCCUAUCAGACAAUCCGGAUGGCGCUUCCCCACAACCCACCAACAUCAAUAGCCGAAACCCUAGUCCUCAGAAAGAGCCACGAUAUGGACCCAGACCUACUUUCUGGCUUGACGUCCUCAGUCCUACUGACAGUGAAAUGAGAGUUAUUGCUAAAGCAUUCGGGAUACAUGCCUUGACUGCUGAAGAUAUCAUGAUGCAAGAAGCACGAGAAAAGGUUGAACUGUUCAGGAAUUACUACUUUAUCAACUACCGCACGUUUGAACAAGAUGUCAACAGCCCUGAUUUCCUCGAACCUGUGAAUAUGUAUGUGGUGGUUUUUCGAGAAGGCCUUCUCAGCUUCCACUUCUCCCGAACACCACACCCAGCAAACGUCCGUCGAAGAAUUCGCCAACUCAAGGAUUACCUGAUUCUCAGUGCAGACUGGAUAUCAUAUGCUAUCAUUGACGAUAUAACUGACGUUUUCGGCCCACUUAUCCAUGCUAUUGAGGAUGAAGUCGACGAGAUUGACGACAAAAUUCUACGCUUACAUUCUGAUGAUAAGGAAAUGGGUUCUGAUCAAAGUAACAAUGAAAAGAGUGCAGCUUUAGAGGCAAGUGGUCCUGGAACAAAUAUGCUUCGUCAGGUUGGUGCGUGCCGUAAGAAAGUGAUGGGGCUUUAUAGGCUCCUAGGCAACAAAGCAGACGUUAUCAAAGGAUUUGCGAAACGUUGCAACGAGUACUGGGAGGUUGCCCCUAAGUCAGAAAUUGGACUCUACUUGGGUGAUAUUCAGGAUCACAUUCUAACUAUGACAAGUAAUUUAACUCAUUAUGAAACGUUACUGUCGCGUGCGCAUUCAAACUAUCUUGCCCAGAUAAACAUCCGAAUGAACGAACGACAAGAGCAAACAGCCGAUGUCCUAGGCAAGCUCACGGUACUUGGUACCAUCGUCCUUCCGAUGAAUAUUAUCUGUGGCAUGUGGGGGAUGAACGUCAAGGUUCCCGGGCAAGACAUUCAAAGCCUCAACUGGUUUUGGUCAAUCACUGCCGGGCUGCUAAUCUUCGCAAUUGUCUGUUUCUACGUGGCCAAGCGCGUUUACCGCAUUGUGUAA